UGAUUUCCAGGGUUGGAGUUAAAUGUCCAAUAGUAUAUAUUUCAAAUUUAAAUCGCAAAAGGAACCUGGCCGUAUUUCCUUUGAUGGAACAACUGGGCUUUCUGUAUUUGAUGUAAAACGUGAAAUUAUCCUACAGAAUAAGCUGGGUUCUGGAACAGAGUUUGAUUUAGCUAUAUAUAAUUCUAAUAAUGAGGAAUAUGAUGAUGAUACUACUAUUAUUCCUCGGUCAACCUCUGUUACAGUACGCCGUUUGCCUCCCUCUAAACCGGGUAAAGGUACCGCUGCUCGUUAUGUCUCUGGAAAUGCUUCUAUUGGUUCAUAUGCUCGAACAGAUAUUUUUCCCAAAAAGCCAACAGAAUUGAAAACAAAGCCCAUGCCUUCACUUAAUACAGCCACUCCUCAAGGGAAAGAAGAUGCAGAAGAUGCAGCAAUUCAGGCUAUGUUUGCUGCUAGUAAUGAGCAAUGGCGAGAAACACAAGAUAAAUUAGCUACUGCUACUCCGAUAUUCCGGCCAAAUAAUAAAAAAUUAAUACCUACAAAUGUACCGGAUCGGCCUCCGCCUGCUGGUUAUAUUUGUUAUAGAUGUGGAGAAAAAGGUCAUUGGAUUCAAUUAUGUCCUACAUUAUCUGAUCCAAGUUUUGAUGGUAAAUUAAGAGUUAAACGUACAACUGGUAUUCCAAAAUCCUUUUUAAAGACAGUGGAAAAAACAUAUAAUGACAAUUCUGGAAGUUUUAUGGUAAAUGCAGACGGAGAACAUGUCAUUGCUCAACCUGAUAAUGCAUCAUGGGAGAACUAUAAGUCUAGAACUAAGAUUUUUACAGCAUCAAAUAUUUAUUCUUUUAAGCCAGAUGAUUUAACAUUAGAAUGUACUUUAUGUCAUAAAUUAAUGAAAAACCCAAGCACAAUUCCUUGUUGUCAAGAAGAGUAUUGUGAAGAGUGUAUUCAAACUACUUUAUUAGAAGCAGAUUUUGUUUGUCCUAAAUGUGGAACAAAAGAUAUUCUUUUAGAUACUAUUCAAAUAAAUAAUGAUAAAAAAGAAAGAAUUGAGGAAUACAUUAAUAACAAAAUGCGAAAUGAAAAUAUUUCUGUAAAUAAAAAAUCAUCUUUAACUACCAGUAAUAUUGAUUCCUCCCAAGUUUCACAAUUAAAUAUAAAAUCCAAAAAAAGACCAUUUUCUGAUGAUGGUAAUUCAGCUUCCCAAACACAUCCAAAACAAAACGGUCAAGCAAUGGACAAAAAUCAGCCACUUAAUCCUCAUUCAAUACAGCCCGAUCUUUCAUCACAGAUAAAUGGAAAUUUCAUGUCUUUUUUCCCAGAUCCUUUUAUGUUAAAUCCUUAUAUGAUGUCUAUGAAUUCUAUAAUGACACCAAGUAUAUGCGGAUUACCUCAAUAUGGCAACUAUGAAUGUUAUCCCUUAGAUAUAUCGAAAUAUGGGUAUUUUCCAAAUCAACAAAAAGUAUUUAGCAAGGAAGAAGAUAGUCCUUAUACGCGGAUACCACUUAAUGAUCGUAAUACUCAUCGUCAAAAAAGAAUAAGACAGGCUGAUUUCAGGGAAUUGGCCUGA